UAUAUUUCGAAAAAAAUUAUAUUUCGGUUAGUAAAAGUGGGAGUGUUUUGACAAAAAUAAAUAAAUAUAGUGUUCAUAUAGUCGAAAUUAACUUGUAAUUUAAUAGCUAUUUCUGUGCGAAUAGUAUUCAACAUUACCAUGAUAUGAAUAAGGAGUUUUUUUUUAAACCUAAGUUUGUUAUCCGAAAUUCAUUUAUGUAUACAUACAUACAUACAUAAUUACUAAGAACACAUUAGAAAUAAUAAUAAUGAAUAAGAAUAACAGUAAAAGAAAUAUUGAUAAUCUCAACGAGAGUCAAUAUAAGGCCAGCUUACUUUUACAGAUGUUGCUGUACUGUAAUGUUUAUAUUUCUGGCACAUGGGUAAUGUGGUAUGGAUACUACCUGUUUUACAAUGCAGAAGAUUUUGCAAAAGUCCAAAAACUAUUAACAAUUUCUGGGUUUAUAAUAUCAGUGCCUGCAGAAGGUCUUCGAUUAUAUUUAGGAUAUUCAGGAAAUUUAUCAGGCAAGGUAUCAGACUUAGCUGGAUUUUGGAUAAUAUCAGGAUUAAUUCAAUUACCUAUACAUUUAUAUUUAUCAUUUACUACAGAAGGCCCAAUUAUAUUACGUGUUGCAACAUAUAUAAUAUUGAUGUUUUUAAUUUGUGAAACACCAGUUGGAUUCAUCGUGUCAAGGAAGUUGUCUAUUUAUCAAGCUCAAUUAUAUCAUAUGAAAUUGCUACAUUCAAAAACAAAUGCAAAUAAAAACCAAUAAUAUGUAUAUACGAAAGUAUUAAUACUUGGUAAUUAAAUUAUAAGACCUUUUAAGUUUACGAACUAAUAUA